CGGUAAUGGCGGACCGAAGAUGUGUUCAUCACCAUGGAAAGAAGAAGAGGUCCGUUUAGAGAGCACAGAGGACAUUGUGAACUAAUUGUGGCUUUGUGUUAUCUGUAUCACAGCCCACAUUCACAAUGACCCAAUUGAGCAAAAGGGAAACUGAAAGCGCCAGUGGAGAAUGUUAGGGCAUUCGAUUUCAAGCAUUCUUACAAAUUUGUUCGAACAGAGAGAGAAAAGACUGACACCCACUUUCCAUUUUUUUAAUUUAUGGCCGUUCAAUCGAAUUACGCCAACUUGAGGUGUAUCAUUGGCCGAUUUUCAUUUUUGGAAAUUCGUUUUGCCCAAUCAUUUCUGUGCAUCGGGACGUUGCUCGAGGAAUCGCCUGUGUUGAAUCAACACCUGGAGAAGAUCAGACGGUUGAAAUUGGAUUUGUGAAUUGUUCAUCAUGCAAGUGAUCAACAGAGAGAGACAGUUCUAUACGUUUCUUUCUGAGAGAAGAGUCCGUCGGUAAUUUCGUUGACGUCAAAACGACAAAGCCAUCGAGUGCAUCGGAACCCUAUUGCCUCUUCGCAUCGGAUUUCCGUUUCGAUUUCUAAGCGUUGUUGUGAUUUGGGACUGUUUCGAGCUCUGGGAGUGAUUGGAAGAGGGUUGCUUCCAAAGUUAUGUCAUCAUCGUAUCAAGUUCUUCCGAAGCCAUUUGAAGAGAAGUAUCCCAAAUUGGCUGUUUCUUUUCAGGUUUCCCCAGGAAGUGAAGCCAUGAGACAUCCAAUUCCCAGGCAGGUUCCUCCAUUAGUUUCUAACAGUGGCACUGUUGGACAUUUGUUUUCAUCUUCCUCUGGAUUUCGAAACGAUUUUCCAUUGAUGCAACCGUUGUCUCGAGAGAGAAAUGUCCAGUUUUCGUCGUUUGUUUCUCGGUCUGAUGAUGAUGGAUCUUUGUUGCUUCUUCAUGGUUCUUCCCAUUCAGAACAGUCCACAAUGGUUACUAAUGACUUGAAUGAAAACGGUUCAUCUUGGAGUACUGAUGCUCUUCAGGAUUUGCUUGAUUUUUCUGAGAAUGCUGCUGACCAGAACGUUGAAGCGCAAAGCUUGACCGGUGUACUAAUGUCGGAUGACCGAGCCAAGAGGAAUGAUUGGCCUGAUUGGGCUGAUCAGUUCAUUUCUGUUGAUGAUGCCAUGGAGCCAAAUUGGAGUGAGAUUUUUUCUGAUGCUAACGCUGGAGAUGCUGAAGUAGAGGUGCUAAAAUCAUCAUCAGCUCAUUUCCAUGCUCCACAGAACCAAACGAAUCAAGUUGACUCUGUACCUACAGCAGAGUUUCAUUCUGUUUCUAAUUCUCUCUCAAUGUCAUCAACCCGACCUCGGAUGCGAUGGACACCGGAGCUUCACGAGUCAUUUGUAGAAGCUGUCGAUAAACUUGGCGGCGGCGAAAAUGCCACUCCUAAGGGUGUUUUAAAACUCAUGAAUGUUGAAGGUCUCACCAUUUAUCAUGUGAAGAGCCACCUACAGAAAUAUAGAACCGCCAGAUAUAAACCGGAGUCAUCAGAAGGAUCUUCGGGGAAAAAAUUGAAUCGUAUUGAGGAAAUGAAAUCUCUUGACUUGAAAACGAGCAUGGGGAUAACUGAAGCCUUGCGUCUGCAAAUGGAUGUCCAGAAGCGGCUCCAUGAACAACUUGAGAUUCAAAGGAAUUUGCAGCUACGGAUCGAAGAACAAGGUAAGUAUCUACGGGAGAUGUUCGAGCAACAAAGAAAGAUGGAAACCAAGCUGAAGACCUCCUCAUCAAUCCUAGAGAAUAUGCCCCUUGCUGACGACCAACCUGAAAAUUCAGAACAAGGUCGUGUAGCAGCUGGUACGAGCAUGGACAAUGCUGAUGAAGAUGGUUUGCCUGCUGCAAGUAGGAAACAAAAGGCACACGAAAUCGAAGCAAUACUGUCAAGUGAUGAUAUCUCUUCCCCAGACGCAAAACGAUCCAAAUCAGAUGCAACAGGUUUAUAGCAGUGCGUCGAGGAGUCGAGAAAGAUGUUCAAUGAUGGCGCUGUAAAGCUUAAAGGAGAAUACGAGAGGGUAUUUCCAAUCCUUUGCAGUGCAAUUGAAAACAAUUGGCUUCUUGCUUUGUUAAGGAAGCCAUUUGCCAAUUGAACUUGGGAGCUCUUCCAACAAAUUGUGUAUAAGAUGAUUGGCUAAAACUCUCCAUUUUAUGCAAUAAUCUAAUGGCAUUGCUUCUUUCUUAGAAGCAAUAUUUUUAGACUUAA